AUGAAUGAUCACAUUUACGUUGAUGCAUUUUCAUUGCUACUAAACUACCAUUUGUGGUAUGUUUUGACACCCGUUCGUGUGGAUUUCAUUUGGAGGGACUCAAGAGCAAACAAACUCUUCAUGGUUCUCAUUGAUCAAAAUAGAGAGAAAUUGUUAGCAGUUGUUCCACAACAAAUGAUGCAUUUUAUUUAUGGAGGGAAUCUAUUGGGUGGUGUGUUUUCUUUAAACCAUUUCCAAAUCGAACCAACCUAUGCUGAGUAUCCGAGAUAUUGUUGGAAAAAUCAUCAAAGGGAAGCGAAACUAUUCCCGUUACUCUGGUGUACUGACGUUAACUUCGUUCACUUUAUAUCUCCAAGAUGGGCCUGUUCAAUGAGGACCGUAGAUAAGGGAAACGAAAACUUUGAUGAUUCCCAAAACCCGAUAGAUAUAGAAAAAGAAAAUCGAAAAAGAUACAAUAGAAACUAUAAUGCACGAAAAAAGGAGAAAAAAAUGAGAAGGAUAGCUAACGGUGAAGGAUGUAGUCAACCUACAACACUCACAAGUUGCCCUACAAUGGAGAGAAACGAAACAAAUAUCAACGAAGAUUCCUCUGUGAGUGUUAUAAGUGCUGCUCAGAGGACGAGUACUUAUAAUAAAGAAUAUUAUCAACGAAGAAAGGAACGAACUAUGAUGACAAAAAGAAGAGUAUACACCUUUCAGGAGGAUCCAUAUGAUUUUGUUUAUGAAAAUAUCCGUAUGGAACAUCGUAUAUUAAAGGCUCAAAACCCUUGUGUUUAUUGUGGGGCAAAGCGACUACAAUAUGAAUUCCCUACCUUUUGUUGCAUGAGUAGGAAGACAAAACUGGAAUAUUCCCCUAUUCCCACAGAAUUGAACCAACUCUUCACAAGGCAAGAGCAGCUAGAAGAAAGCUUCAGGUACAAUAUAAGGGCGUAUAACUCAAACUUUUCUUUCGCAUCACUGGGUGUAAAGGUUGUUGGUAUUUGGGUUGAAGGAAAUGACAACAUCACUGCAUAUAAAAGAAGUAUUAUUGUCUAUGGGAGGUCUAACUAUAUUACUGAAAUUCAACCUCACUUUGGUUGUUAUGAUCCUUUGUCGUAUCCUUUAUUCUUUCCCAAUGGUGAGUCUGGAUGGCAUCCUAAAAUACCAAGAUAUGGGGUCGCCAUGGAUGAAAUUCAUAGUGACAAUGAAGACAAUGAUGAAGGUUCAGAAGGAUCUACUUCAAAAAAAGGCAGAAAUACUGUAAGUAUGCGGGAGUACUAUUGUUACAAGUUCCAGAUACGGUCGAAUGAUAAUGUGAUUUUGAUGGGAGGGAGAUUGUUCCAGCAGUUUGCAGUAGAUAUCUAUAUAAAGAUUGAGACUACACGUUUGGUUUUUGUUGAAAAGAACCAAACCAAAAUUAGAGCCGAUUUAUACCAGGGCGUUGUUGAUUGCUUCAAUGCCGGUGAGGCUCAACCAAGUAGGGUUGGACAGAGAGUUGUGUUACCUGCAAGUUUCAUUGGAGGUCCACGUGACAUGCGUCGAAGAUUUCUGGAUGCCAUGGCUUUAGUUCAAGAUGAUGGGAGGCCUGAUAUAUUUCUUACAAUGACGUGCAACCCAAAAUGGAAAGAAAUCGAUGAUGAGUUAUUGCCUGGACAGUCAGCUCAAGAUCGAUCGGACCUUGUUGCAAGAGUUUUUCAUGCUAAGUUAGAGGAUCUCAAGGUACAAUUAUUCCAGAGACAUAUAAUCGGUGUGGUGGGGUCAUAUGUGUAUGUGAUAGAGUUUCAAAAGCGUGGAUUGCCACAUGCACAUUUCCUCUUAAUAAUGACACCUGGAUAUAAGAUGAAUAAUCCAGACGAUUAUGAGAAACUUGUGUGUGCGGAAAUUCCCGACCCAAUAAGGUUUCCUGAAAUGCAUGAUCUUGUCAAAAGUCACAUGAUGCACGGUCCUUGUGGUAGCUUACGAGAAAAAAGUCCAUGUAUGCAGGGUGUGCCAAAAAUAUGUCGUUUCAGAUAUCCUAGGCAAUUCAAUGAAAAGACAUCACAGGGAGAGGACUCAUAUCCAUUAUAUAGAAGGAGAAAUAAUGGAAUUGAGGUGACUGUAAGAAAUACAACAUUGGAUAACAGAUGGGUGGCUCCAUACAACCCAAAGUUGUUAAUGAUGUUUAAUUGUCAUAUCAACGUUGAGGUUUGUUCGAGUAUAAAUUCUGUGAAGUACCUCUUCAAAUAUGUUUAUAAGGGCCAUGACAAACAAGUUAUCCAUGUUGAUAAAGACCAAGAAAAUGUUGUUAUUAAUGAGAUACGAAAGUUUCAAGACGCACGUUAUGUGUCCCCUCCUGAGGCAUUAUGGCGAGUUUUUAGCUUUCCUCUUUCAAAAAUCCACCCUUGUGUGAUGGCCUUGCAAAUACAUCUCCCGAAUCAACAGUUGGUUAGGUUCAAAGACGGUGACAGAAUGGAAGACAUUGUUGAUAGGGAGAAAGAAAAACAUUCAAUGUUGACGGCAUUUUUCAAGAAGAAUAAAGAAGAUUCCAAUGCGAGAAAAUAUUUGUAUAAGGAUUUUCCCAAACAUUUUACAUGGAAUCGGAGCAACCAUUGUUGGAGGACCAGGGAACAUAAAUAA